CAUAAACGUAUGAAGAGGCUAGAUAUAUAGCUGGUUGCUGUAACUUGCAUAUAUUCAGAUCGGGCUGGGUCUUACUGGUUGGUUGGUGUUCUUGGAGCUGAAUGACCAUGGCGAGGACGGUGGUCGGCAGAGAAAGGUACGGGGGCGUGAGGCAGUACAACAGGUCCAAGGUGCCCCGCCUGAGAUGGACGCCUGAUCUGCACCACUGCUUUGUCCACGCCAUUCACAAGCUCGGAGGCCAGGACAAGGCUACGCCGAAACGAGUUCUGCAGCUUAUGAGAGUGGGAGGCCUCACCAUAUCUCAUGUCAAAAGCCAUCUGCAGAUGUACAGGAACAUGAGAAAUGAUCUUGGAAUGCAAGGGAUGCAAGUGCACCGGAUGGAUCAGGAGCACAUAUAUGGAGGCGGCAUGGAAGUCUGCACUGAUAUGCAACAGUGUGAUCAUGAGUGUGAUGAUCCCAGCUGCUACAUCUGCCUGUCUCCAAAGCCUAGAAAGGAGCCAAUGCUUGACCCCCAACUGAAAAGGGCAGUAGUAGUAUCUGAGACGACGGAGACGAGCCGUGAACGGGAGGAGGCGAGCGCGAGCCCCAAGAGCCUGCUCAGAGGCCAAGGAAUAUGUGAGAAGGAUAGGUCAUCGAGCCUGUACUGCACCCUCGCAGCAGCAGGUGGCUACAACUACAUGCGUAUGCAGCUGCAGGUGCAAGCGGCCAUGGGCAUUGCUCCUCCUCUCGCGGAUCAGGUGAAGUCCCGGGGAACGGGAAUAAAGCAGCAGAUGCAGGAGCACGAGCCGCGGCCUGCGGCAGACGGCGAACACGCCGCCCCUCCUGCCAAGCUCACAUUCUUGGGCUUCGUGGUGGCGCCGGGGCCGCCCCCCGCCUGCUGCCGCGACCGCCCUUUUGAGAUGGUCGGCACGGCUCCCUCCCACGGCGUCGCCCCCACGACGAACCGCGCCGACGCACGCCGCCCUUGCAGCCUCGAGACGCCAACCAGGAUCGUGCACCGGAGCGCCGACCCGCCGUCGACGGUGGGUUCCGGACACGACGUCGGCUGCUCGCUCUCGCUGUCCCUGGCGCUGGACAUGGGGAGCAGAAGCAGCCGCCGCGCGAGCGGGCAGUGCUGCACGUACAGCGGCGAGGAGGGCAGCCUGCUCUCGUCGUCGUCGGGGAGCCGGAUCAGCCUCGACCUGUCGCUGUCCACGUUAGCAAAUUAA